GGCGUAAAAUUACGUAAUGCUAAUCAAAGACAAGACGGGAUGGAAUCACCAACGGCGAUACCAAAACAUAUUAUAAAUACCGUUUACCGUAUAUUGGGAAAUAUGGAUGAGAAGAAGAAGCCGUGUGAUGAUUUCUGGUUACACUCUUGUGGCGGAUAUAUUGAAUCCCACCCUUAUAAGGAAAGACAGGACUACAGAAGAGAAAUGGGCGUGAAAGCAGAAAUGCAGGAUUCAACUGACGAAGAAGUUAUUCGUUUACUUAAAGAAACAACAACGGAGUCCACCAUCGAGCCAGUUAAGAUGGUUAGAAAGUUCUACAGAUCUUGUACGGACAAAGUGACAAUAGAGAAAACUAUGAAAAGUUUUAUGUACGGACUAUCGGAGAAACUUGGAGGUGUCCCGAUAUUUACAGGAAAUAAAUAUUCAAGUGACCACGCUACAACUUUGCGAACUCUUAUUAGUGUGACUGGUGAACUGCCUUGGUUGCAAUAUUAUAUUUUGGACGACCCAAAGAGUAAUCAUACAAUAAUCAGAUUGCGACUGAAAUUGAAUUGUAAUGUAUAUAUUUUAUUGCGUACCAUUACAACUAUUGGUCUCAUGUUUGGUUCUCCUGAUCGAGUUGAUAAAAUUUUGAACUUCUGUCGUCAAACGUCACAAAUGCAGGUCUUACCAAUGGAUGAUAACUUUUUCAAUGGUAAAAUCUAUAGGGAGAGUGACAUCACUCAACAUUUACCUAGUCUUGAUCUGGUGAGCCUCUUCAAAUAUAUAGUGAAUACUUCUUCCAAACCAGCAAGCAGUUUCUUGUUAUAA